AUGCACGUGAACGGCAAGGUUGCGUUGGUGACCGGAGCGGCGCAAGGCAUCGGCCGAGCGGUGGCCCAGGCGCUGCUGCACAAGGGCGCCAAGGUAGCUCUGGUGGAUUGGAACCUUGAAGCAGGUUUGAAGUGUAAAGCUGCUUUGGAUGAGCAGUUUGAACCUGAGAAGACUGUAUUCAUUCAGUGCGAUGUGGCUGAGCAGGAACAACUGAGAGAUACUUUUAGAAAAGUUGUAGAUCACUUUGGAAGAUUGGACAUUUUGGUCAAUAAUGCUGGAGUGAAUAAUGAGAAGAACUGGGAAAAAACUCUGCAAAUUAAUUUGGUUUCUGUUAUCAGUGGAACCUAUCUUGGCUUGGAUUACAUGAGUAAGCAAAAUGGAGGUGAAGGUGGCAUCAUUAUCAAUAUGUCAUCUCUAGCUGGGCUCAUACCUAUUGCACAACAGCCUGUUUAUUGUGCGUCAAAGCAUGGUGUAAUUGGAUUCACACGCUCAACUGCGUUGGCUGCUAAUCUCAUGAACAGUGGAGUGAGAAUGAAUGCCAUUUGCCCGGGCUUUGUUAAUACACCCAUCCUUGAAUCCAUUGAAAAAGAAGAAAACAUGGGACAAUAUAUAGAAUACGUGGCUCCUAUCAAGGACUUGAUGAAAUUCCAUGGAAUUUUGGACCCAUCAGUGAUUGCCAAUGGGUUAAUAACCCUCAUCGAAGAUGAUGCUUUCAAUGGUGCUGUUAUGAAGAUCACAAUGUCUAAGGGAAUUCAUUUUCAAGAGUACACAGCUGCAAAUUAUUGAGCAUCGUAUGUGUUAGACAGAUCUGAAAAUAAACACUAAUGACAUACUCAAACCAUAUCUUCAUUUAAAUAUAGCUUUUUAAAUGAAAUUUUAUAGUUUGAAAAUUUUCUGAAAAAUGAGAAUUAGAGAAACUUCCAAUGUUCUUCUAAAGGAUUAGUUAAGUGUAUGGAUAAGAAAAUUGUCAUA